AUGACCAUAUGUAAGAGCAAGUACAAAAACACCGGGACGGAGGAUGACAAGCUGCUGUUCAAGACGUGCACAGAGUCCACUGAAUAUCUUCAUUUAUAUUUCAGGGAGUUGAAGGAACACCUGAUCACGCACAGAAAGUAUGAGGAGCUAUUUAACUUUUGCUAUGUCACACUGAAAAAUAUAAAGAACCCCGCCAUCUCGCGGACCACGGCCUUGAAGGUCAUCGGCAUAGCCUUCACGCUGAAUCCCAAGUCUGCGGACCUACCAGUGAGCAAAGACAUCAUCACAUACGCAUACAAACUGCUCAAGCGAAAUAAGGAAGGGACUAAUAGAAAAUACAUCACCUACUUUGGUCAUAGCACAAACAAAGAAAAAGACAGCCUCGUUAGUGAGUCAAUACAUUUUUUCAAAAUCACCGAAACGAUUAAAGCUAAGAAACUAUUCAAGGAUAAUAAAUUUAUUAACAACAUAUUUAGAAAGAUACAGAAGAAAAAAAUUUUUAUUGAGCCGGGAUGGUCCUUUUCCUAUACCCCUUUGCUUAGUGACUUCACGAAUGCGAAGAGGGAACUGCUCGAGCUGCUCGAAACGGAGUUUGUAAGCCAUGGCAAGGUUGACCAAGUCUACUCUAACUACAUCAGAUGCCUUAAUGAGGUGAAGGAGAAGACCAUCGAGUUUUUGGAAAAUGGAGAAUAUGAACCCUACUGCAAAUUUUUUGAUGAAAUGCAAGAGGAAGACGAAAUAAACGUGCGCUAUGAAUCCUACCUGCUGAGCCGCCCAGAGUUCUUCAAGGAGAAGGAUCAUAAGGAUUCCCACAGAGGGACCAGCCCAUCGCAAAAGGAACAAAUAAAAACAAAAUCGAGUGGUACAUUAUUAAACAAUCAAGUGGGUUAUGAGGAGGUAAAUAAAAGGACAAGCAGCAUGAACAGGGGGGUGGACACUCAUUCAGAGGUUAACAAGGAAAAAAGUGUUACCUCCGCAGUAGGAUCAAAUAAUAAAAAAAAAACUCAUGAGAAAGGUGAAUCUAAAUCAUUGUCUAAGAAUAUUACAAGUAGUGUAACAAAAUUUGCUUCGUCCCUUGUGAAGAAUGCUCCCUCAGGGGUAGCAGUCAGUGGAGGACUCGAGGGAAAUGUGAAUGACGAGGGAGUGAUGUUUCCAGAGGGGGACAAGAUGAACCAGAAGAAACCUCCUUUUGAUGAUGGCAAUAAAGAGGCAGGGACGGGAGGUAAAUCAGUCGCCUUUGCGCCGACCAGCAAGUCCUUGGAGAAUCACAGUGGAAAAGGGCUCGGCAAGACGCAGACGGGUGCUUCGAUGGACAAGGAUGACGAGAAGGAAAAUGGGAAAAAGAAAAAAAUAACCACAAGUAAGAAAAAAAAAAAAGAGCAAAAUGAUGAGCAGUGUAAGGAGCCCCCUGUAUUCCCCGAUGAAAGGACGUGGCCAGGGGACGCACAGGUGGACACGAAGAACAAGGCCUCCUUGAGCAAGACGGUCGCGUUUGACCUUGUGGGCACCGAGAAGGCCUCCCAAGACGCCAAGUAUGCAGGAAAGCACCAAGUCGCAGCGCGGGAUGACCACUUUAACGAAAAGGAGAUCCAAAUAAUAAAUGAGUUCAACGCAUACCUAAAUGAAGGAAUGGGUCAUAUGACGCAGCAACAAAGUGCUUACCAAAAGGAAUGUAAAGAAUUUAAUAAUUAUGUACAUGAUGGAAAUAAUGCUCUUUGGGAUAGCCUGAUAAAGAAGAGCAACUUUUACUCCAUUAAGGAAGACUUUUUAAAUUAUAAUAAAUUUUUGAAGGCAAAGGAAAAAGACACCAAGGAGGAAACUCUGGGCGAUCUCCUUGGCAUGAACAAAUACAUUGACUUGAAGAAGAAAAAAAAUAAAAGUAGAAAUAAAAGUAAACACAGAAAAAUGAAUCCCGAUGAGCUAAACUGUAUCAUCAACAAGUUCACAGACAACUUAUCUCCAACUAGACACUUCAAAAAUGAGCAGAAGAAAGUUCCAUCACAAGAACAAAGCGGAGGAAUGCCGUUUACUACCACCCCCAUUGAAACUCCUUUAGGAAUUGCUCAAAAGCAGAGUGAUAAGAGGAACUCCAUCGUUUCAUCACAAAUGAAUGACCCAACACCCAUCUCCUCCUGCAAUAAAUAUUUCACGAAGAAUGACAAUAUAUCUUACGUACAAGAUGCAGUAUUGAAAAAUGGGUCUCUGUUGUUAAGGGACGACAACCUCGAGAUAUCCCUGAGUCAGCACUACUACGGCAACAACGGGUUGAUAAAAAUUUACGUGAAGAAUAAAAAGCUGGUGAAUUAUUACGACGUGGAUAUUAAAAUAUCGAACAAAAUUUUAUUCCCCUUGAAAAUAAAAUUUCUCAACUAUGAGAAGAUGCUUUGCGCGAAUGCGACCAACUGCUAUGAAAUGGCCGUGAAGUGCAUGCACAUGUAUAAGGGCUUUCCCUUAAUUAAGAUUUCCUACCGCAUGCAAGACAUGUUCAGAAAAAGCAUCGAGUUGAGGCUGCCCAUCCCAAUCAAUAAAUUUAUGAAGAACAUUAAAAUCACCAAGGACGUUUUUGUGAAAUUCUGGAACAACGAAAAUUUUAAUAUAUAUAAAAAGGAGAAAGUGAUUUACAAGGUGGACUCUGUGGACACAGAGCAGAUCGUCGCCAUGUCCUGUUUGGGAAAUGCACUAAGUGUGUGCUACAUAGAAGAUACAAUUUAUUUGAGCGGGUGCUAUGCGGACAAUGCAAGCGCAUUGGAUAAUUAUUUCGUCCUCGUGGGAAUUGAGGUGUUGAAGAACAAACUGAAGAUCAUAUGUAAGUCGACUAACCCGACCCUAUCAUCGGCCAUCCUUUUUUUAAUCAUACUCAUUCUUAAGAAGCACGACCAGGUGUAG